GGAUGCACCUGAGGUUAUCCGUACAAGCGAAUUAUCCGGAAGACUCUCGGCAAUAGAAAUCCAAACGGCACUUCGCGAGUGCCAGUUGGAUGGAAGACUGGGCAACGACGAGCGCGGCGUCUGUGUACGAGUACACGGUCGGCCGCCUGUUUCCACACGAGCUGGCGCAUGCACCUCCGUCACCACUGCAAUCGCGGGCUGGCGACGGUGUGACGCAUCUCCUGGACAUGCUGUGCAUGUGCCGCGAAUUCGCGACGCCCAUCUCGCACAUGGCCACCCAGUUGAACACAACACAGUGCGAGAGCAUACAAUUUCACGACCGGUGGGCAGUAUCUACGGACAUCUCGCACGUUCGAUCCACCCACGUCCACGUGCAAGGGCGGGAGAUUGUGCUGGGUGGUCUCCACUUGCUCGUGUUUCGCUCCAAGUCGAGCGAUCCGCCAUCCACCGUGAUCGCCUUCCGACACCAGGAAGGCGAAUCGCUCCUGGACAACGAUAUGUGGGAAGCCAUGGCGUUGUAUGGACGCAAUUUUGUGCAGCUCGCGCUUGGACCGUCGCCGUUGGGUGCGAUCGAUUAUGGCUCCCGUGCCAUCCAGGCGCUUCUCUUUGGUACGCGACAUGCGUUGGAGAUGGACUACUUCUCGCUGGCCAAGACGUUGGUCGACGAACUCGUCGCAGACGACGCCGCUCCCGUGGCAUUCACCGGGUACUCGAUAGGCGGAGCCUUGGGCCAGGUCAUGGCCGUCCACCGCAACACAAAUGCGACUGUGUUCGCAUCAAACGGGGUGCUCGACAUUCUGGCCAUGUACCACGUGAAUGCAGCCCUUCUCGGCAGUAUAUCGACCCGGGUCGUCAAUGUUAUGCACCCACGCGACGAUGUCCCGAAGCUGGACUGCCAAAUUGGCACCCUCCUCCUCGACCCGGACGACGGGCGUCCUUUGGACGUCGAAGCGAUCCACGCCGCUUAUGUCUAUGGAGACAUUGCGUGGAACCAGCUUCGCUCGGCAUCGCAUCAACGCACCCCCGGCCGCGUAUGGAGUCAGUCGCAUGCGUACUGCAUCGACAACAACCUGAUGGACUCGGACGGGUUUGUUGUUGACGCAAUCGCACAAACCACAAUCAACCAAGUGCUGGCGACAUUUGUGAUCGGCGCGGUCAUUCUCGUGCUUGUCAAGUUGCUCGCGGCAUGGAGCGUUCGAUGGGGCGGACGUGGCCACGACGGCCGGCUCAAGCCGUAGCGCACGUGGCUGUGCGAGGAUCGAAGGCACAUGCCAUCGUGUUGUUUUGGAAUAUUUGGCGGUAGAGUUUCGUCCUUCUUGCUAUUGAAAAUGCACAGAAUGUACUGCUGCUGCCAGUUCGUCCAUGACGCCGUC